AUGUACGGAAACCGUGCCAUACCGCCAUCGUACAAUAGUCUGAAGGGUUCUUGCCACAGCUACCGCAAUGGAUGCAUCCAAUUGUUGACCAUCUUGCUGUUCUUCGCUUUUCAGCAGUCGCUCCUGUACUACGCUGUCUACUACAUCCGCAACGAGCGUCGCAUCAUUUACGUGCUUGCUUUGGAUGGGUUCAUAGCGUUGUACUUAUUGGCCGGUACGAUAUCGGACCGUGGCCACUCUUCGACAUGCGUGGCUGUUCAGUGGCGCCUGUGCUGCACCAGCACUGUAAUAAAGCUCUCCGCGCUUCUUUUCCUACCUAAUGAAGUCGAUCCAGUGUCUUCUGCAGGCUUCAACCGCUUCGCUGCAGAGGACUACUUGUCUUUCGUCGGGUUCUACCUGACUCCUGUAAUAUACGUCCUCUUCAACCGGAUGUCCAAUCGGUUCCUGUUCAACCGGCAGAAGGGCAAUGUGAACGUUGACGAGUUGCUGCACUCCGACCUCGCCUUGGCGACCGUGGUGGACCUCUGGGACGUCGUUAUCAUGUUGAAUCAUUUGAUUCGGCGCUAUCGCAGUUUUUACGUCUCCGGAAAGGAUUCGCCCGAAACAUCGUACGAAAAUCGCAAUUACGUGGCGUACGCUAUUUUGUGCGUGGGUAGCAUGUUUCUGUUGGGUUUGGUGUCUCCAACCGUCGACAGCGACUUGGACGCGGAUAGUGGUGAGCUAGAGAACCGCAAGCUAUUCUGGUCCAACCUGCUGAACCGCCUCUGCUUCUGCCGGCGCCGCAACGAUGAUACGGCGUUUCGUGAUGAGAGUUGGGGCAACGACGCGGAUCUCGAUGGCCCAGACACUCAGGGUUCGGCCAAACCUCAGGUGCUGAAGGUGAACCCCUCUCUGAGGGGCCAGUACCUUGACAUGUUCACCAUCGCCAAGUUCGCGUUUCUGGUCGGAUUUUGCCUCAUCGACAUUCCGUUUUUCGUCUACAGGUUAUUGAAUUUGCUGCAGGAGAAUGUGUUCUCAAUGCUGAUCUUUAAGAACCUAUUGGGCAUGAUUAUCCGCCCGUACCGUCUGGCACUGAGCCAGCUGGCGGAGCGGGACAGCGCCAAGGGGUGGCAGAGCGCCUUUUUCGAAGCUGCUCCGUUGCCCAACGACCCCGCCACCAAGCACAUGAUCCACGAUGAUCUGAAGCUUUUGGAAGACUCCAGCGACUCUGAGAACGAACGCCAGCUGUCACGAAAGUUGACCGACCGGACGAUGAUGAAGCGCGGCAAGACCUCCAUUAUGAGCAACCUGCGUAGCCACACGCGAAGCGUUUUGAACCGUCUCGGCAGCUUUGUACUGCGCAAGGAAUCUUCUUCCCGUCCGAUAAAGCACCUGCGGACCACGCAGCCCCCCAAACAAGGGCGUUCCCAGGAGAGCGUGGACGAGGGCAGUACACGCAGCGACCGUUUCGCGGCCAGGCUGCGUUUUCAGUCGCGUAUUGACUCUGAUAUCGACGAUCAUGAUGGAUCCGACACCGCGGACGCCGACGUGGACUCGGUGUCCGAGGAAAUAUUGGAUAAGCCCGUGGACAACAGCCGCCGGGAUCUGCUGAUCCGGAUGUUGAAGCGUCACCGCGUGUUGCCGGUGACAACACUGGGUUUCUCCAUGAUAUAUCGCAAGUUUUGUGACGGGUUUUGUCGCCUGUUCAGGGCGGAACCCAGCUUCGACAUGGAAUCGUCGGAAUUCCUGCUGACUGAGCGCCCGUUCGAGUUCUCGCGCAUGUUAGUUGCGGUGGCAAUCGCCCUGAUCUCACGUGCGACCAUCGUGGCCUUCUGCUACAACCCCUACUUCAGCGUCCGGUCGCCGCGGUUCCUGUUCGGCCGCGAGCUGACGACCGCAAGUCUAUACGAAAGGGUGCUGUAUGGUGUGGUGGUGUUCGCCCCUCUGGUUCAGAGCGCGCUGUUCUACCGCGUACAGCGGUGUGGAUGGCUCGGAUGCCUGUGUCUGUGGGUGCAGGAGGCCGUGAACCUGUGCAGCUACGUGACGUGCGUGUGCUGCCUGCGCGGCUUCGUGAAGACGCCGACCAACCUGAUCUACGCCAUGGAGAUCUACGCGCUGCUACAGUGGCCGCUGAGUGUGCUCAUGACGCUCAUGGUGCAAGCGUUGCGCAAGAAAUUGAAUACGGUGCGUCUGAUGUAUGUUUUGUGCAAGCACAGCAUGUGCCCUGUGAGCCUCAACCACAAGCUGUUCUGCGGCGACCUGCUCAAGAGCACGACGGUGUCCGAUCUGCUCCUGGAGUCGCAGUGGAACUACUUUUCAUAUAGCAUUCUGUUUCGUUCGCUGUGCUGCUCCUUCUCGCCGACCAAGACCGAGGUGGUGAUCAUUCUGGUCGACCUGUUCCUCCGCCUCAUGUACAUUAUCUUCUGCCAGACGAUGCGCGUGAUGAUGUUCCGCAAGUUCGAGAUUCACUACCUGAUCUUGCGCCUGAGCAACGGCAUCAGCUUCGACUACCAGCCCCCCGGUGAGACGUUUGCGCUGUCGUCCGAGUCCCGGAGUCGGUUCAUCACCCCGGCCGACGUGGACGCCUACAUCCGGGAGCAGGGGAUGCUGUCGUCCCCGGGGAUCAUCUUCCCGCCAUUCUUUUAG